GGAUUCGUUCGCUUCUGCCCAACUUUGCUGUGCGAUGGCAACCCUGCCAGUCGCUGUGGCCACCGCAUAAAUUUCUGUUGUGGAGCCGAUUGAGGAGAAGGGGUGUGAAGGCCUGAAGGGUGGACUCGUUGCAUCGAUUUCUGGCGCCGCCUAGAGGACGAGCGCACCGCACGUUGCCAGUGGGCAUCGCGGGGCACUGGCCGUGCUGCAGUGCUCUGAAGAACAUCGGCCCUACGGGUUGGUGGACGGAGGGCACCGCUGCGUCGCCGGCAGAGGCCGCGGCCGCCGCCGUCGAUCGUCGCCUUCGCCGCGCCUGGUUGCCACGCCACCACGAGGAACCGGGCCGAGGGCCACGGCCGUCUCGGGAGGACCAGCGCCGGGGCCAGCGUCGCCUGUGCGCUCGUGUGAGCAUGGUCGAGGACCGCUGCCGCGGGCGUGGGACGCCGUGAUUGUUCGCGCCGGUACGAGCAGACGAGGGCCAGUGACGAAGACGCCGGCGGAGACGACUAAGCUUCCUCCCUGAUAUUUCUUCCGUUCCUCUUCUCAAUCUCUCAUGUUGCUCUCGGUAGAGGCAGUGCUGAUAACGUGUUCGAGAACUAAUGAUUUAGAGAAUCAACUGAUGUUGCAUUGAUGAUUGUUGGGGGUAUAUAUACCCACCGAACAGACGCUAAUAAGGCGGUUACAAAGGCACCUCUUGGGUAUUACAGUGUUUGGACAAAACUAACUGCCUACUUAGCUUAGGACCUAAACUGAUCUUAAUAACUUUCUAGUUAGCUUAGUAUCAAAGCUAUCCUAUUUUUAACAUUAUUGAUCCACCAUGAGUUUGAGGGGGGGUUAGUGAUGUAUAGACUUCUUUACUGUAUAUUCCCAGUGUAUGAGGGGCUUCCCUGCAUAUUGUAACUCAUGUACAUGUUGGCCUUUGUCCCCUGGUGAAUACUAGUUGCCUAUUCACAACAAUAGUUAAUAGUUAGCAGUUUGACCCAACAAAGAAAUCCAUUACUCCAUUAGUCAUGCUUCUUCAGUGGCACAUGAAAAUUGCAAUAGUUCUCUAAACGUAGAUGUCUAUGAGCUAUAACCCAUUAACCCAUGCAAUUUUUUAAAGAUACUUAAUGGUGUUUGAUGAAUUAUGCUAAGCUUGUUAGGAGUACCCAUAAAUUAGGCUUGGUUAGUUACUCAUAUUUAUGUGCCCUGAUCUGCUUCGAUCUUCACACCAUUUGUAUUGUGUGAGCUAGAGUAUUUUGUAAUAUGUUCACUAUUGUUGAGGCGUAGUAAGAAGGAUAUGUGUCAUGUAAAAGUUUGGUCGUGGACUGACCAAAUACAUUGAUGAAAAUCUUAUGAUCGUCAAUGGCAGGUGUCAAGGAUGGUUGUCAGCACAUACCAAGCAGCAAGUGGCGCUGGUGCUGCUGCCAUGAAAGAACUCGAACUUCAGACUCGAGAGGUCUUGGAAGGAAAGGCUCCAACGUGCAACAUUUUUAGUCAACAGUAUGCUUUCAAUAUAUUUUCACAUAAUGCACCCAUUCUUGAAAAUGGCUAUAAUGAAGAAGAGAUGAAAAUGGUUAAAGAGACCAGAAAAAUCUGAAUAACAAGGAUGUAAAAGUAACCGCCAUCUGCAUAUGGGUUCCAACGAUGGUGCGCAUGCUGAAAGCAUAAAUCUGCAGUUUGAAAAUCCACUUGAUGAGGACACAGCAAGACAAAUCUUGAGGGCAGCCCCUGGUGUUACCAUUAAAGAUGACCGAGCUUCCAAUCGCCUCCCUACACCUCUAGAGGUAUCAGAUAAAGAUGAAGUAUCACUGGGUAGAAUUCGUCAGGACUUGUCACAAGAUGAUAACAGAGGCAGAUCGGAGAGGAGGUCCCGGCGGCCGGCGAUGUUCUUGGGGAUCCUCAACUGCAGGUCGGUGGGGAGCCAAAGAUUUCCAGCGAAAUUCAUGGGAAGCUGCCGAAGAAGAUCCGCAAGAAGGAGAUGCCGCCUUUAUUUAUUUAGUUGCAGUUCUUCCAGCAGAUGAUCUAUCACCUACUGCUACAAAUGGUACCCCAGCAUCUAUGCAUGAUCCAUCACCCACUCCUACAAAUGGCUCCAAACGCAGGCCACGCAAGCUUACCUCUAAAAUAUGGAAGGAUGCUGAGCCAAUAUAUGUCGGGGGAUUAUUAAUGCAAGGCCGAUGCAAGUAUUGCAACAAUGUAUUUCCAGCUUCAAAGGUAUCAGGUACCAGCCAACUUGGUAGACAUUUGAAGGUAUGUGAGGUGAAAGAUUCAAUGGAUGGUGUGAUUAAGCAAAUUAAAACUUCCGAUGAAAUAGACCCUGAUUGGAAAUUUGAUCAAGAAGCUGCCAGAAUUGAGCUUGUCAAUCUAGUUGUCUUGCAUGUGCUCCCGUUUACAUUUGUUGAGUAUGCUGGUUUUAGGAAGUUUUGUGCAUCAUUGAAUCCAUGGUUCAAGUCAGUCAAUAGAGUAACUAUCCAGAAUGAUUGCAUGGAAGCUUACCGUCAGUUUAGAGAUCAAUAUGAAACUUCCUUCAAAAAUUUCAAUCAUAGAGUAUCUCUUACUGGUGAUAUGUGGACAGCUAUGGAAGUAUUGUUUACUGAAUAUACAGCUGAGUUUGAAGAAAAUAUGGAAAUUUUGUCACAAGAAGGAAGUGGUGAGGAGGUUGCUUUGGCUGAUACUUCUCUCUCGGAUUGGCAGGCGCAUAUAAAGCUUAAGGUAGCUAGAUGCCGCAAUGAGCUGCAACAGUACGUUGAAGAAGGGUUUCAUCCUUGUACACCAGAUUUCAACAUCCUUAAGUGGUGGGAUGUGAACUCGGAAAGGUAUCCAAUCCUUGGCAACAUGGCUCGUGAUGUGCUAGCUGUACCAGCUUCAACGGUUGCCUCAGAAUCUGCGUUCAGCGCAUGUGGGAGAGUAAUUACAGAUCACAGAAGUAGCCUAGCACCUGAAACUGUUGAGGCAUUGAUGUGUUAUGGUGAUUGGAUUAGAUCUCGCAAACCUACAAAUGCUGGACAGGAAAACCGCUGUGAAGAACAAAGAGUGGUGGAUCAUCUUGUCUGUGGUACCUGAUGUGCCAGAUGUUAACUGAUAUGUACCUGAGGGAGGCGGAGAUGCGGGAAGUGAGCGAGAAAACGAAUUCUAGGGUUGCCUGGUUCAGCAUCUUGUCACUGGGUGUGUGCGUUGUUGACAAAAACAGCUGCAUGAUAUAGAUGAUCUCAACAGUAAGCAACCGAUACUAUGUGCAAUAGAAGCUUGUUCAGAGAUGUGCUACGUAAGUUAUAUAGCUUGGUCAUGACAUUACCUGUGUUGUUAAGCCGUUUGUUAGCGGAGUGUGCUAACAAAAUUUCUGAAUCUGUCGAACUUCACUACUUCUAAUUCAUCCGGAUGUUUAACAGGGCAUUGUGAAGCUUACUUCUUUCAGUAAAUUUUCCAUGACCUGAUAAUAUUGUGUACUCAUUUUAAAAGAGAUGCUCAUGUGUUUGAGAGGCAUUCUCCUGUCAUUUCUGUUUGUGUUGUUUUGAGAUACUCUGAAUUUAAUGGGACAUUUUCCUGUCAUUUCCAUUUGUA